AUGAUAAUUAUUCCUGGAAUCAAUACGCUGCCUUAUCGUACACCAAACAAGUAUUUAACCAAUUUCCAAGAUUAUGACAACAACAACUUUGGUGGGUACUGGAACGAGCUGACACCCAAUCCCCCAAUGGACAGUCCAGGAAAUGAAUAUGACACAAAUAACUUACAAUACGUGUAUGCAGUGCAAGAUUACCGUAGACCGGCUCUGGGGAGCCCUUUCAAAACAAUAAACGAAGAAGCAAUACAGGGGAAUCAACAGAGGGUACCCUAUAAUGUAGCUGAAAUGGAAGAUAUGGAUGGUGAUAAACUAAAAAGUUCGUCUGAUGAUGGUGGCAACGAAGACAAGUAUCGUCGUUUAGAUUCAUUAGAGAAAAUAUCAGUAUAUUAUUGA